CCUCUGUGCCAACGUUUACAUCAGCUGUGUUUUUAAAAUUAAAUUUAAACUGUAAAAGUUCAUUAAGUAAUCUAUAAAGUUAUGGAAAAUGUUUUUCAAGUGAUGAUUCACCAGGAUAGUUGUGGACAGUGACGGAAAAUGACUGUAAAUGACGUAAAAACGAGAAACGUAUACAGUGAUUUAUAACGGUUAAGUAAUAGACAAAUUUUGUGAAGAAUUUCGAAAUUGACGACUGGAAAACAAAAGUAUUUGUGGUUUCUACGAAUAAAUUAUGGAUAGUGAUGAAAAAUGACUGUACAUGACCAUUAGACGACGUAAAAACGAAAAUACACGGUGCUAGAAAACGGUUAAGCAACAAACAAACUGUGUGAAUUUAAACGAUUGACGACUGGAAAACCUAAGGAUAUGUAGGUGUAGGUUCUAGGAGCGAACACUGAGCGAAAAGUUACUAUUUAUUUAGUGAUGCAUUGUGUAUUUAAUUAAAACAUUAUUCAAAAUUGCAAAUCAUCAAAAUAAUAAGUAACGCCAUCUAUUUGACAACACAUAAAUACGGACUAAUUUGUAAAACGCCAUCUAGUGUUAUUUGAGCGAACUAAUUAACAAUAAGUGACAGUCGAUCUAAUUGUUCUGACGUAGUACACAAGAGGGCAGUAGGGGUGUUGUUGUUCAGAUUAUUUAUAUAUAAUUAUAAAUAAUUAUUGUUUAUUAGUAAUUAAUAUUUCAUUUAUCGAUUUCUAUCAUGGAGGAAAUUAAACUUUUAAUUCAAGGGAUGAAAACCGACAUUGACUCAAAAUUUAUGGCAAUGGAAUCGCAAUUGUCCCAAAUGGAAGACAAAAUUUCGAACAAAGUUAAUACACAUAUGAAUAAAAAAUUUGAAGACUUAAAUCGUGACUUACAGGACCUCCGCUCAAGAUUAGACAAUCAGGAGAAAAGGCUAUACAAUUUAGAAAAAGUCAGCGUUGAGAGAAAUUUAGUUUUCUUUGGAGUUAUUGAGAAUGAAAAAUCUUAUUUUGACUUACUAAACGCCAUGAUCCAUAUUAUUGACCAAAAAAUUGGAGUUCCUGUCCAGGCAUCGGAGAUACAAUCUGUCAAAAGACUUGGCAAAAAGAAUAGUAAGCCCAGGCCUGUUUCCGUAGUUCUAACAACGUUGGGAUCUAAAAUUAACAUUUUAAAAAACAAGAAGCGACUUGACGGCACUGGUAUUUACGUAUCUCAAGAAUUCCCAGUACCUAUUUUGGAAAAAAGAAGGAUGUUGAAAGCACAGUUAAAGACAGAGAUAGAGAAAGGAAAUGUGGCAUAUUUAAAUUAUGACAAGCUCAUAAUUAAAGAGAAGCCAACCGAUACCAGUCAUAAAAAGAGACAAUUGUCAGUUUCUCCGAUACAACCCUCAAAUAAAACAGCAAGUCAAAAGAAUGAUCCAACAAUAGCACAAAGUUACAGCAACUGGAAAAAUAACCGCACACCUCAAAAUACAGCCAAGAAACAUAGGACACACCAAAAUACCAUGCAUGCAUACGUACAGCACUCUAAUGACGAAUGACAGAAAAAGGCCCCCCCAACCAAUGAAGAUAGAAUAAACACAAAAAACGAACAUAACACAACUUCUUCUCCAAUCCGGUUGGUUCCCGUGGAGAAGUAUAACCAAUACCCCCCAAAGAAGAAUAAUAGAAUACCUCCAAAUAAGUUCAUCGAAAAUCACACGAAAUUAACAUGCAAGCACUCCUUGCUCUACAUUGCAGCCCUUAAUGUACGAACUCUACUAUCAGAUAGCAGGCUCACAGAAUUGGAAUUCGCAAUUAAAAAUCUGAAUUGGGACAUAAUAGGCUUGAGUGAGGUAAGAAGAGAGAGUGAAAUAAUUGAAGAGUACUCAGAAUAUAUUUUGUACCAUACCUCUGCCUCUAAGGGAAGAAAUGGGGUUGGAUUUCUAUUAAAACGGAAUUUAAAAAAUCUCAUAGUAGGUUUCAAACAAUUCUCAGACAGAAUUGCAACAUUGGAAAUUCAAACAACAGAACACGAGGUUUGGUCUAUCAUCCAAGUUUAUGCUCCCACUGAGAACUGUGAAAAGGAAGAAAUUGAAAGUUUCUAUGAGUCAGUAGAGGCCGCUCUAGAUUUUGUAAACUCGACCAACCUUAUCGUACUCGGGGAUUUCAACGCGCAGAUUGGAAAAAUACAAAACGGGGAGGAAGGAGUACUGGGUCAGUACUCAGGCGGUAAAAGAAGUCCUCGAGGCCAAAAAUUGGUAGAGUUCGCAUUGGAGCACAAUCUUCGGAUAGUCAAUAGUCUAUUCAAACGGAAGACACAUAAAAAAUGGACUUGGCGGUCCCCAGAUGGAAAGCACUUUAACGAGAUAGACUAUAUAUUAACAAACCGUACAAAACAAAUACAGAACUUUGACAUUAUAAACAAUUUAAAUUUUAACACUGACCAUAGAAUGAUUAGAUGUAAGAUAAAAAUACAAUUAAAGAAAAACAGGAAAUUCAUUAAACCUGGUAAGUGUACCACAAGUUUGCCGAAAGUCUCUGAAGAGUGUGAGAAAUACUGGAGACAUAGGCUCAUGCAGUCU